AUGGGCAAUCCCGUUGACCAAAGCACUUCUACAGAAACCCCGAUGUCUUUUGGGUUUUCUCAGACUGUUCUCCAGUCAGAUGUCCAACAGGAAACUGCUGGGUCCGGCGGCCUGGAUGCGCAAGUACCGAUGGGAGCUCAACCAGAGGCGCCGCUGGGUAUUCUGAAGAAGCUCGAACACCACUCGUUCUCCGGGUUUGGCUUCAACACCAUCUUCCGGCCACACAGCAACAAGACCCCGACUGGCUCCAACAAGUCUGGGGAGCAGAGCGACAACAUUUUGCAACUCAAUCUCACUAGAGAAGUCAUGAAAUUCGACUUCAGGCUCGGAGAUGUCCCCAACCGCGGCUUGUUUGGGCAGCCCGACAUCAACCUCAACGGAUUACCCUACACCCAGAAGAUCUUCGACGUGAUGGAACCUGAAAUCGAAACGCCGCUCAUCCACUUCGAGAACGGCAUGUGGCUGCACGUUCCUGAGACCACCGCGCCCGCCCUGCCCGCUUCUCUUGCCCGAAUGGCUUCCAUUCCUCACGGCACAACCAUCAACGCACAGUCUUUCUCGGCGCCUGUUACCGUUGAGGGCGCCCCCGACAUCAAGCCUAUCUCAAUCACGCCGUUUGUGAUUGAAACAGGAAAAUUGGUCUCAUUCACCAGCCAAAAAGCAGACGAGAAGAACGUCUUCCGUCUUCCUCAAGACCUUGCCCCCUUCACCAAGGCUGAAACCGUUACCCAAGAGAUGAUCACCAACCCCAACGUCGUCUUGAUAAACGCCAACAAGGGCAAGGAGAUUAUAAAGCACACCACUUACACUAUCUCGACGUCCCCACCUCAGUCGAAGCUUGGAGGGGGCACCAGCAAUAUCGGUUUCCUGCAAGGCAAUGGCUCCCAAGGCGACGGCACCCCGGCCACGGAUAACACACCCAGGGCCAACGCGAACGCUGUGAAAGUCACGGCCACCUACUGGAUCUCGACGGUACGCACGAAGCUCCAACUCAAGCGGUUCACGCCCAGCAUGGAAGAGCCGACGAGGACGUUCUCCCCGAUCGCCUUCCGCCCGAAUGACGCAGUCCCUGUCUUCACUGUUGACUUCAAGAUUCCGUCGGCCAAGGAGGUCACGGUCGAGUACACUCAAAUUCAGUAUUCCCAGAUGGUAUUCCUUGACUUUGCUACUCUCCGCUGGCCUCACGCUACUGUCGGCACACUCGCCCCCACCGAUCUGAAGCUGAAGCACUCUAUCCUGCGCCAGUAG